UUACCUUAUUUAGGCAAAGAGGUGGGCUGCUGUUUGUGUAACUACAGAGAAAUGAUGACACUUUUUCAGUACUUCGCUGUGGAGGGACGAGUUCGGGGGGUUUGGGGGAGUGGACGCGGCACUGACCGCCCGCCUCGUUCGUUUCAUAACAAAGAAGGCGAGAUAUAUAAAGCGGCGACACACACAGUGAGUGAGGGAGGCACUUUUUUUGGACAUUUCUGGACUUCACUGACUCUGCACACCGGCUACGCAGAGCGCAUCCUUCACACGACGAUGGCCUUUCUCACAGGACUUGUCCUGCUGGUGCUGGCAGCUGCAGCUACUGAAGCCAGAGUAGGUAGUUCCAAUGAGUCAAGCUUCUGCACUGAAACUAAAGAAUGCCUCCUCUUUGACCUGGUGUGCAAGACCUCAAACUAUGAAGUGCGACACUACAGGCCCACCAAAUGGGUGUCGACAGACGAGGAGUCUUAUUUUUUUGAGUCGGCCACAUCCAAAGCCUUCUGGAGGCUCCUGAAAUACAUUACAGGAGCCAAUGCAGACGGUGUGAAGAUGGACAUGACAGCUCCAGUGCUAGUGAAAGUACAGGAGAAUAAGAAGAUAUGGGAGUCCUCUAAAUACACGCUCAGCUUCCUGUUGCCCUCUGCCUUCCAAGAAAGUGCACCACUCCCCACAGAUCCUAAGGUGUACUUCACAGACAUGCCGGACACGAGAGUGUACGUAAGAAGCUAUGGGGGCUGGAUGCUCUCUGUCACAACUAAGCUGAACUCAGAAAUGCUGACGAGAGAUCUGGACAAAGUUAAUGCCACCUACAACAAGAACUUCAGUUAUGCCGUAGGUUAUAACAGCCCCAAGAAGAUAUUGAACAGACACAAUGAGGUCUGGUACAUUGUUGAUGGAGAACCUGUCUGCAGUGAACCCACUGACACCGUCAGUGACACUGAGUAAACAUUGGCCUCCACUGCCAAACAGACCCAGAUUCCUGAGGGAGAAGAGGAUGAAUCAAUGGUCAUCAUAUUUGGAAAUGUAAACUGAUACAUUUGACAUUGCUUUACGUCUUUGAAUAAAUACGCUUUCACAAAUUCA